GCCGUGCCGCCCGAGACACCAGCCCCUUCGCCCGCGGUGUCCAAGCCGACUUCGACUGCCAAGGCCACCGUGCCCAGGGUGCCCGAGCCGACUUCGACUGGCAAGGCCGCGGCGCCCGAGGCGACUACGACUGGGAAGGCCACUGGUUCCAGAGUGCCCGAGGCGACUACGACUGGGAAGGCCGCUGGGUCCGUGACGGUGAAGGCUCCACCGGCACCGGCAAAAGCCAAGUCGCCCGAGCAGUCGCCUCCGACUUCCUCGGACCCGAUCCUGGUACCGGCGGCUACUGCUACGACGGAGUCUUCGUCCCUUCCGAGCCCGAAGGGACCACCAAUAAGCUUCGGCCCGCGUCCUCCGACAAGCCCGCCUCCGCCCGAGUUGUUGAGAAGGAGCUGGUCUUCCCAGAGGAUUCCUUCUUCCGUUGGGUGCCUAAUCCAAAGCUCGCCAUCCAGGGCAGCGCCAGCACCGCCAGCUCGUGGCUCGGAGGGCCCCAAGCAGCUGCAGCCGAAGAAGAUGCCGCGGGUCCUGGCACCCAAGCCGGCGGCAGCAGUGGCAGUGGCGAAGGCGUCCGAGGCGGAGCCAGCAGUGGCAGUGGCGAAGGCGUCCCAGGCGGAGCCAGCAGUGGCAGUGGCGAAGGCGUCCGAGGCGGAGGCACCGCGUGGCUCCAGGAGUCCACUCCUUCGCAGGCACAGGGUCGGUCUAUUCGGAAGCUUGUUUGGGGUCUGCUGGAAUUGGUGCCACCCGAAGUGAAUGUAGAGGCCCCUCAUUCCAGGCUAAUUUCGGAACGACGGGAACAGAUCCCCAGCAGGGCGCCCGAAGACCUCGACGACAGCUCCCGCCGCCACCGCCGCCCCGUGGACCGCCACCGUCAAUGGCCGAGCAGAUCCGGAUGCAGUACGAGGAGCCCGCCUCCGGAUCCGGAUCGCCGCCCGAGCCCGAGCCCGCCUCCGGAUCUGGAUCGCCGCCCGAGCCGAAGGUCGCCUUCAAGGCACCUCCCACACCUCUAUGACAAGGACGAGGGGCCGAUCCAGAAGCCGCCCGAGGAGGUCGCCUCACCGGCCAGGGAGCCCGAGCACCCGCCCGAGGCAGCGGAGCAUCUGGUGGAGCGGACGGCGGAGGAGGAGGAGCGGGCGAUCAGGGCGACGCAUCGGCAGCGUCUGGCAGCCCGAGCCCAGGCGGAGGAGAAGGCCAAGGCGGUGGCGAAGGCCAGGGAGAUGAGGGCCGCCCGAGCUCGGACCAAGGGCAAGGGCAAGAGCAAGGCGGCGGGCAAAGAGGAGGGCAGCGAGGACUGA